AGAGGCGAAUUGCACUUCACUGUAAAAUAAUAUCCAUUCGCUUAUCGUUAGUUCUCUGAAUCAAAUCUGAAUCUGGAGAUAGAAUAUAACACAAUCAAAAGAAAGCAAUCACAGUUGGUUGAAAAUAUGAAAAGUUACUUGCUAUUAUCUUUCGAAAAGAAAUGUGGGGCAAAGAAUUUUGGUGGAAGAAAGUAGUUCUCCAACUGUGUACAAAUCGGGUCAAGUGUUGAGGCUUCGUUCAUGUGUUGAAUGCUAUAAAUAUUGUCAGAAAAGUGCGUAUUUUUGCACUUUUGGCGUACUGUGAGUACCUUUUUGGAGGAUAUCCUGAGCCUUCGACUACACUUUAUCAGUGACCCAUCAUGAAAUUUCAAAUAGAUGUCCGGAGAUUCGAUGAAACUAGUUCAGAAUAAACUACCCAGCUGAGUCACUGUUCCAAAAUAGAAUUCGCGAAUCCACAUAAAACGAAGGUGCAGCAAUAGCGGAGUCCAUGAAGAACAAGUCUUCGAGCUCGCCUACAUCCGUAAACACAGUGAACGCAAUGCAGUGAAUCACCCGUGUUAUGGUUGCACCAGAUUCGACAAACUCUCAAAAUAUAACAAUUAUUUCAUAUACUCGGAUGCCUCAAUUGAAGUGGCAUGAUCCAAUAUGACUCCACUGAAUAAUUUUUCAUAGGCUCUGGAAAUUCUACAGAAAAGAGCCCUCAAACUGUUGCAAGUAGACUGACUUGACACUUGACUUGUCUUGUGUUUUUUUUCCUGUCAUUUUUGAAUUAUCCAGAACAACGUCGCCAACAUGAGUAACUCGAUGAAAGCACCACCGCCGAAGAAAGACUCUCGAAUGAGGAUUCGUGCCUUUCCAACAAACAUGGAUGAAAAGUAUGUGUCCAGCAUCUGGAACCUGCUCAAGAAUGCCAUCCAGGAAAUACAGAGAAAAAACAACAGUGGCCUGAGCUUUGAGGAGCUCUACCGAAAUGCGUACACAAUGGUGCUCCAUAAGCACGGCGAAAGGUUAUACACGGGACUGAGGGACGUCGUCACAGAACAUUUGGUAGAAAAGGUCCGUGUGGAAGUUUUAAAAGCACUCAACAAUAACUUUCUGCAGACAUUGAACGGAGCAUGGAAUGACCAUCAGACAGCUAUGAUCAUGAUCCGAGACAUUCUCAUGUAUAUGGACAGGGUAUAUGUUCAGCAGAACAACGUUGACAAUGUCUACAACCUGGGCUUGAAGAUCUUCAGAGACCAAGUAGUAAGGUACGGGAACAUAAGGGAUCAUCUCCGACAGACGCUUCUUGAUCUGGUCAUGAGGGAGAGGAAAGGAGAGGUUAUAGACAGGUUAGCAGUGAAGAAUGCAUGUCAGAUGUUGAUGGUAUUAGGGAUUGACUCAAGGUCCGUUUACAUGGAAGACUUUGAAAGGCCGUUUCUUGACCAGUCUGCAGACUUCUACAGGAUGGAGAGUCAGAACUUCUUAGCCGAGAACAGUGCAUCAGUGUACAUAAGGAAAGUCGAGGCUCGCAUCAACGAGGAAGCAGAGAGGGCGGUACAUUAUCUAGACAAAUCUACAGAAGACCCUAUAGUCAAGGUUCUAGAAGAGGAAUUAAUUUGCAAACACAUGAGGACAAUUGUAGAGAUGGAAAAUUCAGGUGUAGUUCACAUGUUGAAGAACAACAAAAAAGAAGAUCUAGCAUGUAUGUACAAAUUAUUCAAGAGAGUGCUAAACGGUCUAGAGACGAUGUGUCGCUGUGUGAGUUCUUACCUGAGGGAACAAGGCAAGGCAUUAGUCCAGGAAGAGGAAGGGGGCAAGAACCCUAUUCAGUAUGUACAGGAUCUCCUUGAGCUCAAAGACAGGUUUGACAUGUUCCUCAGGGAUUCAUUUGGUACGGAUCGCAAGUUCAAGCAGACCAUUUCAGGCGACUUUGAGUACUUCCUCAACCUCAACACCAAAUCCCCAGAGUACCUGUCACUAUUCAUCGACGACAAACUCAAAAAGGGCGUAAAAGGGCUAAGUGAACAAGAAGUUGAGAACAUCCUUGACAAGAGCAUGGUCCUCUUCAGGUUUCUACAAGAGAAAGAUGUCUUUGAACGCUACUACAAACAGCAUCUCGCCAAGAGGUUACUUCUCAACAAGAGUGUAUCAGACGACUCAGAAAAGAACAUGAUCUCAAAAUUAAAGACGGAGUGUGGAUGUCAAUUCACAUCAAAACUAGAAGGCAUGUUCAAAGACAUGACGCUAUCCAACACCUUUAUGGAUGAAUUCAAGAUUCAUGUGCAAUCAGCUCAGGUCAAUAUGUAUGGUGUUGACCUCAAUGUCAGAGUUUUAACGACGGGCUUCUGGCCGACACAAUCAGCAACGCCCCAAUGCAACGUACCAACGCAAGCAAGAAAUGCCUUCGAAGCUUUCAAAAGGUUUUAUUUGACAAAGCACACGGGAAGGCAGAUAUCACUACAACCUCAACUAGGCUCGGCAGAUCUACAUGCAACGUUUCAUGGCGGUAAGAAGGAUGGUGGCAAGAGUGACGAAAGGAAGCACAUCAUCCAGGUCUCCACCUAUCAGAUGUGUGUCCUCAUGCUCUUCAACGUCAAGGAACAGUGGACGUAUGAGGAGAUGUGCUCCGAGACGGACAUCCCCAGCAAAGACCUCAUCAGGGCAUUGCAAUCGCUGGCCCUCGGCAAGCCAACGCAACGUAUCCUAGUCAAGGAACCCAAAGGCAAAGAAAUAGAGAAUCCACAUAUUUUUUCAGUCAACGAUGCUUUCACGUCAAAACUCUUCAGAGUAAAGAUUCAAACUGUUGCAGCUAAGGGAGAGUCAGAACCAGAGAGGAAAGAAACGAGAACGAGAGUCGACGAAGACAGAAAACAUGAGAUUGAAGCAGCGAUUGUCAGGAUAAUGAAAUCGAGAAAGAAAAUGCAACACAAUGUACUUGUAGCAGAGGUAACAGAACAGCUCAAAUCUAGGUUUCUCCCCAGUCCUGUGGUCAUCAAGAAGAGAAUAGAAAGUUUGAUAGAAAGAGAAUACCUUGCUAGGGCACCUGAAGAUAGGAAAGUCUAUACGUAUGUAGCAUAAGGAAUGCAAUUCUUCAUUUGUACAGUCAGAGAGAGAUACUGUGUCUACAGAUAAAUCAACAAGUUCUAUUUUGGUCAGACUCUGCUAUUCUUAUGUUGUUACUUCUCUUUGCGCAUACUAUGCACCGUCUCUCAUGUUCUUUAAUCAUCUCUGUCGCAAAAAUCAACAAGAGAACAUUUUUACGCCCCCCCCCCCAUUUGAAAAAGGCCCCCGCACUUGAAAGUUGUAAAUUAUUCAUUUGACAACUUGUCCGACAACGUUGUAAGUGUUUCUAGUUGCCCGUCAUAGUGUUAUGCACAGCAUGUUCCUGAAUUUCAUUCACAUAAUCUCGGCAUGAGUGAGCUACUGUAUUGUCUUUUAUAUACUUUCUUGCCUUGUUUAUCUGCUUUCUAAAUUAACCUCCCUGCUCAGCUAAAGCAGGCAACUCUCUUUUUUUCCCUUAAAUCUGGUGAUUGUACAUGUAAAAGGUGCUCCUCCAUGUUUUAUAUAUUUUGGAGAGGAAAAGGAGUAAAAACUAUGAAAAUAUUUAUUGACCACAGCUAUCAUGGACGUGCAUAGAGCCGGCUUACAAGGUUAAACAUUUUUAUUUGUAGAAAGGGUAGAAAUAUAAACAAAAGGAAACACUGUUGAUAAUAUCCCAUUGAUCAUCCACUUUAAUGUACUUACAGUUACAUCACAAAUGUUACUAUAAAUCAAACACAAGUCUACAACAUUGUCGACAAAGUAAUAAAAUCAUGAAGUUAUAAUUCAAAGUCAAAUUGUUUUCUUAUCUGUUGAAUUAUGUUCGAGAGGCCUUAUACAAUGUAGUGUUUGCAAAUCUUUGGUUUCGUGACACCCACAGCCCGACCCUCCUUGUUAGUUUUGUUUUGUCUCCGUUAAUUGUUUAAAAAAAAAAAAAAAUUAUCAAACCAGUAGCAUAAUGGAUGCAGCUGGACCCUUUUGCACAAAGUCAUAGCAAUUUUGCCUUUGAUGAUAACUUCCAUGAAUUGCAGGAUUUUGAUAGGCUGUUGACUACCAUUACAAAAUGUACUGUAAUUUUAUGCACCAGGGCCCAGAAGACAAAUGCUACAAAUAUUUCAGACAUGUAAUGUUGAAAGUGAAUAUCAUUAUUGUAUGUAUUAAUGGCAGCAUUGAAAUCCUUUGUGAUUUAAUUCAUUAGUUUCAUAUGAUAAGGUCUGCAUAAGCCGACCUUCACAAGCCGAAAUUAAUUUUUAGACCAGGGGAGCUUUUCAUGGAAAAAGUAGUUGGUGAUUUUCAUUCUCUAUUAUUGAAAGCUUCUGAAAUCCUCGCAUCUGAGUGGCUGAGGGGAAAUCAGUCAGUAAAAAUCACUGACAAAAUUUUCAUGAAAUUCUCCCUAGGGGUAUGUUGCAGAGGAGUUGUGUUUAAUUGCAACCAAACAAAUCAAGUACAAAUCCCCAAUACAUGACUGAUAAGUUAAUAAUCAAGUUGUGGUUGAUAUGUCACUUCAUUUGAUUGUACUUAUUUGUGCAACAGACCCUUUUAUUUUGCAAAACAUAUAUCAAUUUCCUUGAACAGUAAUGUCCAGGGGAGUGUUUCAUCAACAUUUUCGUCUGACAAGUUGUCAGCUCUGACAACUUUCCUCGGUUCUGAUUGGCUGAGAGGCACUGUUACCAUAGUAACUGUCGGAUUAAGCGUCUGACGAGUCCUUUCAUGAAACACUCCCCAGAUUUCACAAAAAGGUGAAUUGAUAAUUGAAUUCCCCUCUUUAUAUUUAUCUUGUGAUAUUGAAUUAUUACUUGAUACCACUCAAGAGGCAUUGGUUUGAAUCAGUUGCCCAUAUUCUGAAUUCGCAUGGAUGUUUCAAAGAAUCAAGUCUGACCCAAAGUCAAGUUUCGGUGCUUAACCAUGAACCUGUAUAUUUUCAUGAAUUGCCAGUGCCAGAACUCCUGUUCUGAUUUCAGUGUCAUUCAAAAUAUAUACGCUGAAGACGAUCCAUCUUCAAGAUGGACAUUUUCGCUUCAAUUAUGACCCCCUCAAAGCAAGGAAAAUGGCUCUUGUAAAAAUAAUCUUUUGGUUAAAUGUUUGACAAGGCGAAAUGGAAAUAAAGUUUUGCAUGUCUUGCCUUCUAUAUUGUUUGAAUGAUUGAAAUUCCUUUUUCUUUCUUUUCUAUGAUAGAAUGUAUGUUUUCAUUGUCAAUCUUUCAUCUAACCCCCUCCCCCUGUGCUGCCCCCCCCCCCCCAUUAUUUCCCCUUGCAUGUCUUUUCGAGCAAAAUUAUUUUCUUUAUUUCUUUAUUUUUUGCCUCUUGCAUAGCUUCAAAAUAUUUCCUGUAUCCUUGUAAUUGAACUUCUAUUUAUUAUCCUUAUUUGUGUUUCAUAUAUGUAGAUAUUUAUACUGUCAAAAUCUUAAUGUUUGACAUGUAUAGUGAGAAUAACAGAUUAUUUUAUGUGAUGAUUAUAUCUUAGAUAUAUUUUUGUUGUUUGUUUUUUUAAUUUAGAAACUCUUGGUUUCUUGUAAUGUGAAGCCUUAAUUUUACUUCAUACGGCUUUGUUACAAAAACAAACAAACCCUUUGUACCAAUUUUAUGUAUUUAUAUGUAUGACUAUGUUACAUGGUAAUGGUAGCAUUGAUGCUACAUGAAUUCCUGCAUAUGGGACUAGUCAUUUCCAAUGUGUAUCUGUGGGCCUUUAUUAGGAUUUACAUCCUACUCAAUAACAGAUUGGUACAUGUAUCCACAUCAAUACGAUUAAGAGUUUCCCUUCAGAAAUAAAUUGUUUUGAAUCAUAUACCAGUGUAUCAUAACAGGCUGUUGUAAAGGACCACUUUACUGAUUCAUUUGAAUUUCUUUUCAUUUAUUACCCUGGGUGCUGGGUGCCAAGUCACUCCAGUAAAGGAGCUGUCAUGCCUCGAUGAUUUAUCCAGUAUAUACCAAGGCACUUAUGGCAAGUCGUUAUAUCAUUUGAUUCUCUAUCUCGAUUUUAAGAAUUUAUUCUUGGAGUUAAAAAAAAAUGGGAUUAAAAGAUGAACAGCUUGUCAUACGGCAUAAGCUGGCUAGAUUUCCAAGGCCCCAUUAAAACAAAGUUUAGCGAGGAAUAACAGAUAUGAAAGAACACUUCUGAUUGGUUCCUGGUCGGUAUUUUGUACCAAAUGCGUGUGUAAAAUUGAUCUUCAUUGGUCAGUUCAUUUAGCGAUUGAUCGCUAAUUUUUGUGUCACAGGGCCCAGGGUUCCAUAACACAAAGGUUAGCGAUUGAUUGUACGCUUGAUUUUCGCGAUUGAUUGUACAUUGUAGUCAAUGCAAUCAAUUGUUGAAAACUGUUCUACGAUCAUUGCCCAGCUUUGUGUUACUGGCCCCAGGUGUGUCAUUUCCUGAACCUGUUUGUAAUGAAUGAAUUAAAAUACUGGGAAUCCAAUCUUUGUAAUGACAAAUUCAUUGGCGGGUCAUAUCUUUCAAAUGUCAAAGGUCAUUUGUGAAAUGCAUACAAUUUUUUUGAAUGUUUGUAAUAAACUGAGAAAUAAGGAUUGUCCUCUUUUAUCUGUAAGCAUGUGACAUUGAAAGGGUCCUGUAACAUAGACUUCAGUGAUUGAUCUUGGGGCUUAUUUCUAUGAUUGAUUGCAUUGAUUAUUGUGUGUGAUCAAUUGUACGAAUAAGCCCUACGAUCAAUCACUAAGCUUCAUGUGACAGGGCUCGGAUGAAUUCAUUCACACUCAUGCAAUUCUUUGUACAUGCCAAUGUACCAGUAUGCGUAUUUUCUGUGAAUGACUGUUCUGUAGUGUGAAUUCAUAAUGAAGCCCUGUUCACACGGGGCACACUAAAUUGUUCUACAGGUUCCUCAAAGCAUACAAUUUAUUGUUCAUGUGUGAACAAGGCUUUUACAUUUCCUGUUAUGUCAGAACAUAGGUGCAUAAAUAAUAAUCGAUAAUACAUAAAAAUCUAGCAUUUUCAAGCAAGAUCAAGCCUCGAUAUUGAUUAGAAAAUGAAGUUUAGGUGAUUAAAUUUACCAGAACUUCUGUUCUAUAUGCUUCUUGAUUUUAUAUAUAGAUGACAUAGAUACUGCUUCAUUUUUAUUACCUUUUUUUUUGUAAUCACAUUGCAGCUUAUUCACUGGGUGAACAUUUGCAUCCCAUAAUUUUUUUUUUCAUUUUCGUUUUCAAUUUUGUUCCGAAUGUGUCUCAAAUUAUGAUGUAUACACAAACUUUUAGCUCGUCAUCGAACUUCAAUAUAUCAAACAUUUUUUUCUUCAUUUUUGUGCAAGUCUAGACCAGGACUACAUCACCCAAAACUUGGCGAUUGAUCAAAUUAUUGAUUUUUAAGAUCAAAUCUCGCAUAAUUUAUCACUGUUGUCAAUCAUGAAAAUCAGUGUUAUGAUCGAUCAUCAAGCUUUGAUGUGCAGGGCUCAGUUCUCUGUUUGGUACACAUGUUUCUCAGUUUGAUAAUAAGAAGAUUGAAGCUCUAAGUAAAAGAUGACUUUAUAUUUAUUAUUGUAGCAAAGACCGCAUGCUUCGAAGUGAAGAGGGAUCAAAUUUUGUAAGAGAUGUUAGGUGAAAUGUGUUCGCAAGGAGAGUCGGCUUGCGACCACCAUUAAAGGGACAGCAUAUUUUUGAAGUGUGUAGAAGAUCAGAAGUAAUCAACUCUUUAAUUUGUCAAUUAACUCUCUGUAACUGGUUAUGGUACGGUCACAGAUAAUACAUUGCCAUACAAAUGCAGUGUAAUAUGUAAAUCUGUAAUGUAAUAUUGAUAUACAUUACAAAUGAAUACAAGUGUGAUGAUCUAUUUGGGUCUCGCUUUUUCUGAGGCUACUUCGGAUUUGAGAAAAGUCUCCACUGAGUGUAUGAUUUCUUACAAGUGGACAGGAGAUAUUUGUACUAUCCUUAUUAUUAACAUUAAAUGUUUUUAAGAUAUGUGCGAAUGUGAAGAAUUCGAGGGGGAAAAGAAUUAUACAGAGAAUGUACAAGUAUAAAACGCAUGGUGUUCAAUUGAAUAAACUGUAAAUGUGUUCCACUUUAUGACAGAAACGUG